CCCGAGUCGCCCGAGAUGGUCCUCGCGCCCGCGGUGUGUCCAUCGGCCACUGAAUGUCGUAUAACGCUUUUUAACGUGCUCUGAUUGUUCCCUGUGUUACGCGUGAAGAAGAAAUGACAUCACGUGGCAUGCCUAGCGUCCUUUCGUGUCGAAGCAACACGGAAGCAUUGGAACGAGAGCUGCCGAGGCAGCUCUUGACACGGCGCCGAGACUCGGCAGCUCCGCGCGCUAUCCAUUGCCACCGUCAGUUGAGAUGCUGAUAAGAUGGGCCGGACUACGACGUCCCAGCGGCGGUUUAUUGUUUCGUAAAGUGAUGGUGGGACCCUCGCACGCAAGCUGCACCACUCGCACUGCGGUAGCCGCAUCGUUGGCUGCGCUGUUGCUGUGCUUGUUCGGUGUUGCUUCCGCAUCACCGGGGGAUCAGAGUGCCGAGUACAAGUCGUGUCUGCGGCGAUGCCGCGGCAUCAACUGUACGCAGGAGAAACAGACCACCUUUCGCUCGGGACAAGCGUGGUAUCUGGCUCUUCUGCUUUGGGACUGUGCUGAUGAGUGCCGUCACGAGUGCAUGUGGCAUGCCGUGGACGUGCUCCAGGCUAACGGCAAGCCCGUGCCCCAGUUUCAUGGAAAAUGGCCAUUCUGGAGGUUCUAUGGCAUCCAGGAGCCGGCAUCGGUUUUAUUUUCAAUACUGAAUGGCAUCUGCCACUUGUGGAUGUGGCACAAGUUCAGGAGGCUAGUUCCACCUUCGGCUCCUUUUUAUGCCAUCUGGAAAGGGCAGGCAGUGUUAUCGAUUAAUGCCUGGUUCUGGUCGGCCGUCUUUCAUGCUAGGGACACUCCACUUACUGAGAAGCUUGAUUACUACUGUGCCUUUUCUGUGGUGCUCUACUCGCUCUACAGUUUAUGUAUGAGAUUUCUUGGAACUAGAAGCACAUGGCUAUCCGUAUCGGUGACCAUGCCUUUUGCGGCCUUCUUUGUCUACCAUAUCCAGUACUUAAACUUUGUGCAUUUUGACUAUGGGUACAACAUGAAAGCCAAUGUGAUUACAGGUCUGCUCAACUCGAUUGGUUGGCUAAGUUGGUGUUGGCAUCAUAGGCGGCGUGGCUAUGUGUGGAAGGGCAUCAUAGUAGUGUUCAUACUGGACGCUCUGCUCUUGCUGGAGCUAGGCGACUUCCCUCCAUGGCGCUUCCUGGUUGAUGCCCAUGCCCUUUGGCAUUUGGGUACUGCUCCACUGCCACUUUUGUGGUACAGGUUUUUGAUUGAUGACAGCCUGUAUGAACUCCACACGAAGAAAAAUGCUGGAAAAGUUGCAAACGGGCUGCAGGACUGGUUCUUCCCGGGUGAUGAGAGCACAAGUACACCAAAAGAUGUUCAAAACCAUGGUGGAGAGUUUGCUGCAGGCCAGUGCACAUCUUGCCUGAAUCAUGAUGAGUUUCUUACCAAGGCCAAGGUUCAAGUUACACAGAAUGGCAAUAUCAUUGGAGAAGACUGCCCAAAGUGUGUGUGACAAGCUCGGUGAAUGGCAGCAUGCCGCUCUUUUAACAGCACUGCCUUGUCCACGUCCUUUUUCAUAGCUUCUGUAGUUGUAGUGCAAAAAGAGUAACUGAAAGAGAAGGAAGUUAAUUGUUCCAAAGUUAAAUGCAUGUUGUACUGAGACUGUUAUACAAAACUUCUGAUAAUGUUUUUCUUGUCAAUGUCAAAAACUGGGUGCAAAGAAAUGUUGUUUGGUGGUGCACCAGGGAAAUUAUGUAAACUGCUUUGGUGCUACAGUAGUCAAGCACAAAAUAUGGUACACUGGUAAGACACACUGUAUCAUAUCUUAUGCUGGCAAAUUAGCAAAAGAAGGCACGCCUAAUUUUCUUCCAGCAACACAGCAGACGUGCUGCAUUGAAAUGCAUAUGUUAAUCUUUUCGCAGUGUUUAUACACUGAAGUAUGUGUUCAUAAAUUGAAGCACAAAUGACAGUGAAUUUUUUUGUGUGUAAUUACAUGGAAGUACACCAUGGAAUUACUUUGUGGCAAGUUGAGCAUAGAGUGUUUCAAGUUCUGAAGUGUGAAUUAAACAAUUGUGAAAAUUGCAGUUAAGCUUCAGACCAAUUAGAGAAUUGCAUGGGAGUAUUUCAGUGAUUGUUUGCAUAUGAAUAUAUGAGCGCUUCAAAAAAUUAGCAAUAUCAAUGUGUACUUCCUGGUAUUGCUUGUAGCGGUCAACUUCCUUAUUGUGUACAAGUAGCAACACUCUAGAUAUUCUCUCUAAAGAUAUAAUUUACAGAAAGGAGGGUUCUGUACUUUAAAUAUUUUUUUCAGCCUUUGCGGGAAUUAAUAUUUAGAUAUGUAUUUAGAGAUUGCGAGGAAAAGUAUUUGUAACCAUUUCGCAUUUUGAGCGAUUUGCACGCAUGGUUUUGCUUCUCAGCUUGAACAUUCCUGCUUCAGAUGCACUUAUUUUUUCAGUUUUAGGUUGGGGAUUGCUGCUUACUGUCUGGAAAAAAAUGGUUCGUGCUUGGAGAAACACACACAAAAAAAGUACAGGACACACGAGGCAAUUCGUCUGCCUUUGCAUGCUAUUUAUUUGUCCAGAUCGUAAGCUUUCUUGCAGGGCAUAACUAACUUGUCCUAACUGCUACUUUGACUACUGUUAUUUAACACAAGUUCUGAGGCAAUGCAGUGUACUUAGCAGCCAAUGAGUGCAGGAAAGCAGAACCUUUGUUUCUGACACGAUUGACGCACUGGUAGACGGGAAGUAGCUGCUUUGCCGAAUGCUGUAGAUGUCGUGUGUGAAACCAAGACAAUCUAGUAAUUUUCGCACCCGAAUAAAUCUUACUGAUACGGAGCGAACACUUCCAUGAAAGCAUAGCAACAUAUUGUACAGUUAAACGGUAAACAAGAACGAAAUAUGUAGCAGUGCCAACACUUUUUUAUAGGAACUUAUGCAAGAAGCACCCAGAGCUUAGGUGUUGUCAAUAACUAAAGUAUAAGCUAUAGCAAUUUAUUUGGAGAUUUGUGUUAUAAGAAGUGACCACAGUUUUAUUAAAAGAACAAACAGAGUAAUGAGAUGACCACGAUGUAAAAAAAAAAUGACAGACAGGUUAAAGUAUAUUUAAUCACAGCAGUUUGUAAUUUGGUUGUAGUACAAAGUACUUUGUAACACAUGAGCAAUAGUAGCUGAUUUAAUCUGCAUACUUUACACACAUUAAUUAUGAACUGAAUACACUUGUUCCAUGAUAACUAAACAGGUUGGCGUUUUUGUGUAUGUUAGCCAGACAUCCUGCUAUCCAAACAGUCACAAACAUCUAUGUGGUCACAGUCCUAUUAGGGAAGUUCUUUUUUUUUGUGCUUUGACCUUUUGUAGUUCCCAUACUUUGUUCAGUUGAGCGUGUGUUACAGCUGAGUUGAGCACCUCAAGAUGCCUAGCCUGUUUCAAGAUUGGCUCAUUAGUUAUAACAUAAUUAAAUGUAAAUGUAACUAAGUUGUAGCUGUAUUUAUAACUCGCAAUGCCAUGAUCAUUGACUAUAAAUAAUUGUUUCUGAUUGUGAUGUUCUAUACUGUAAAAUAAUAAGCUGUAGCUCACACGAGAAAACCAUUUAACAUUGCAAGUUGUUACCAUGGGCAUAACAUGACUGCCACAUAAGAUAUCUCUGCACUAGUCUGCUCAGUUUAGUGACCUGAGAGUUGUGAUUUUUACAAGAUUGUCUUUGCAGUUUGUAUUCAAGAUGUCACCUUUAAAAAAUGAAGUAAAAUCUUUCACAAAUUCAAGUUAGUAGGCUGUUUAAAACAAUGAGACAAGUUUUCAUUGCACCAUAAUGAAUUAAUAUUGAACAAGAUUAUAAAAUAAGUUAGUAAGCAUUAGUAUCAUAUAUUACAUGUUUGCAUGUUACACUGAGAACUUUAAAGUUUGGAUUUAAUUUUAUAGUACACUUGUCGUAAUCACUGGCUGAAUUUUUAUCAGUCACCGAUAGAAGCUCGUGACGAUUUGUUUAUGAAAUUGACCACUUCCAAAAAUCUUUAAGGUGGCUUCCCUGUUGUUUUCUAAUCAAAAACUCUUGUGCACAGACUGCUUUCCUCACUCACUGUGCUUUUACCACUCCUAACUCCAGUGAAGGCACGCGAGGAUGACUAGACGACUUAUUCUCCACCUCCUAGGAACCCUCAGCUUAGGAUUGCAUGGCGGACGAGGCAUCUCUCGUUCGUGAAGAAGGGAGCGGGGGAAAGGCAGAAACACAAUGAGUAAGAAAAGCAGUCAGUGAACGAGAGCUUUUGGUUGGAGAACAACCUUGCAGAAAAGCUGCCUUGUAGAUUUUUGCAAAUGGUCAAUUGUUAUGCAGUUCUGGCCUAACUUCUUAUCAUUUCAAAUACCUCUUCAGUGACAUUUUAUUUCAUAUUGUUUCAAGUCACCGGACCGUUUUCAAGUAAUAUUUCAAGGCAGCCCUUCAUGUAUAUACCUUUCGUGGUGGAUAUCAAAAAUGUAUGCUGGGCAAGUUUCAUAGAGCUCAUAAAAAAGUUCGCAGAUAAUGUGUUACCAAUGAAACUUCUCAAGAAUCCCUGGGAGUAGUAUUGAUUAAUAGUGGUGAGUGAAAAGUGGAGUCACAAAAACAUUUUCAAGUUUUAGGUUGUGUCAAAUAUUUUUGUUCAUCUUAAACAGUAAUUUGUAAGGGGUAAGAGAUGAGACCAAAAUAGAAGUGCAGAUUCUUUCUCCCCAAAUACAUGUGACGCCAUUUGCAAAUGCAGACCUACUGUACAAGGCAGCUUUCAAAUAGGCAAAGCACCUGAUCAUCACAUAUUGCCUCAUAAUGACACUGAUAGUAAGUGAACAAAGGAACAUUGCAAAAGUGCAUGUACAUUAAUACAUUAAGUGUGUUAUCUGGCAUUGUAACUAUGCAACUUGUAGCUUUCUUAUUUGGAAAAUGAGCUGAGUAUUUUCAAGAUUCCAUGCAUGUAACGCAGAUGCACAAGAAAACAAAAGUUAAUAAAUCAGCUGAAGAACAAAACACUUUUCUUUCAUGUCACUGCUAGAAAAAAAAUAACAAGCUGAUGACCUUUGUUGUAGGAGCCAAUAAUCAUUUACUAGAAAUCAAGAAGGAGAAAAUUUUUGUCAAGUUGGCUUAACAAAGCGAGUUCAGUUAAUUUGCUCGAUAACUUUGGAUGGCACUGUCUUGCUUGCCACUUUGCAGGAAGGUGAUAUGCAAGAGUUGGGGUAACUCUGUGUUAUCAUCAGCUGUGCAAUAUUGAAUUCUGGGACUCAAAAGUUCUGUUUGACAUUUCGUCUAGUAGUAUUUCCGCAUUCCUGCUGAUGACAGUUUUCUCUUUGUUCAUAAAUUUCUGUAUGAAAUGAAUUUUUGUUAGGGCAGGCUCUCUGUGUAAAAGCAAAUGCCCUGAUGUGACUGAAAAAAGAGAACAGCAUUUAGAGCUAAAAAUCAAUGCGUACAGAAAUAGGAAAUUCCAGAGACUCUAGUGGCUCUUUCGUAGUGUGGUUGUAGUAAUGCGGAUAGUGUUUCCAAAAAGGUAACUUUGCAGCAUUUCCAGAUCACUGCAAUAGUAUAUGAAUUAUGCUGUGCAAACUGAACAAAGCUUUCCAAUCUACAUGCAAAAUAUUAACUGUGCUAUGAGCAUAUAAUGGUUGUGCUAGAUUACAAGUCUGCCAUCAUGAGCAAAAGUAGUCCAGGACAAGUGUGGAGGCCAGGCCUACCUACUUAAAAUUUAGCAAGUGGUUUGCUAUCUGUAGUGUAUUUUCAGCAUUACAAAAAGUUUUAUAUUUGCUAUGCAAUGGUAGAGAUUAUAAGAAAAAUGGCUUUAGUGAUCCAUCAGCUGUUUCUUGCUGCAUUGACAUUUUAGCUCAUUUUAUUUAACCUUGGCUUACAAGAAAAAAAUAAAGGGAGAAGUAGAUAUGAUAUAAUAUCAGAGGGACAGAUGUGCUGACUUAACUAAUGUUUUCAAGGUCAUCAAUUUAAAAAUUGUUUAUUUUUUCACUCCAUCAAGUUGGGGUUCAUCAUGAUUCUGGGCCAACAUUUGUUAAAGCAGCAGGUGUCACAUAAUGUCCCGUUUGUGGCUACCCCCCUCCCCCCCUCCUCAAUUUUGGUAUGGAAAAUUAGUUUUCUGUACACAGAUAUCAAUAUUUUUAAGAAGACAAACUGUUUGGGUUUUUUAUACAAUUUAAAAGAAAAAAAAUGCUGUGUUACGUGUCGGAUAUUUUUCCUUGUGAUGACCUCAAAGUUGCAUGUUGCAAUAUAUUUUGCAUCUGUAUUGCAACGAUCAGUGAAUAUUUGAUACUUUUUCUACACUGAAAAUUUUACUUGCUUCUAGUAAUAAAAUUUCUGCUGCUUCUCAGCUCAGCAAAUUUGUAGUGGGAAGGACAAGCUGCUCAGUGGUUUCACAUGUUUAGAGUGUAAGCAAUCCCGUUUUAGUAAUUGCUUGUGGCCUCUAACCUUGACUUGGCGUUUAAGUGUCCCUCUGUCAUCAAUGCCCUGAUGACUCCCAGAGAAAUACCAUGUGCCUUGACUGCCUCCAGAGAUCGAUGAUCAUUGUUGGCAUUGAUUUACUAUUCUUGUACUCUACAUUCCGAAGUCUUCUUUAGUCAUUGUUUUCAGUGUAUGUGCACAGACACAAUAUGUGUUUUUCCAAGGGUUAGCAAAGCUGUUGCUUUUCUAACCUUUUUUAUAUCCUGCUCUAUUUUAAAGUGAUCCAAAAUUAUGUAAUGCAUUACGCUAGUGCUUAUAUAUAUAUAUAUAUAUAUCACACCCUUGUUACACUGGCAGGUCGUGUUUUGGAGGCACUUUUCUUGGGCGUGUAAAUUUACGUUGAAAUGUUUGUUAGUUGUGACUGUGCAGAUUUGUCUAGUCAUCCACUUUCACAAGUUAUUGUUCAUUCCAUCUGAUGCUUCAAUGAAUAACUAUUCAUGUAUAUUGUAUCUGACUGCGUACAUGUGCAUAGUGUUUAGGCAGUGGGCGAUGACGACUUGUUUUGCAUUUUUAAUGUUUCAAGGUAGCAGUCUGUUAGUGCUUCUUGGUAAGGGUAUUUCGUACAUAUUUAGUCUAUGCUUACCUCAUAUUUUGGACAUUAAUAAAAGUUUUUACACAGAA